AGUCGCUCAGGGUAAGGAAGGGAUGCGAGCGGAAGUGACGUAGGCCCGCGCACGCGGUCCAGCGUGAUUCGGGCGGGUUGUUUCAUCCCGGCCUGGGAAAUUACGAGAUCUUUUACCCCACGUAGGCCGGACCCAACGCUCCGGUCCCCGUCCCGUAGGCAAGAUGGUGAAGCCCAAGUACAAAGGACGGAGCACCAUCAACCCCUCUAAAGCCAGCACAAAUCCUGAUCGAGUUGAGGGAGCAGGAGGCCAAAACAUGAGGGACCGGGCCACAAUCCGACGCCUGAAUAUGUACAGGCAGAAGGAGCGCAGGAACAGCCGUGGUAAAGUGAUUAAGCCUCUGCAGUAUCAGUCAACGGUGGCUUCUGGCACAGUGGCGAGAGUGGAGCCGAACAUUAAGUGGUUUGGAAAUACACGUGUGAUUAAGCAGUCAUCGCUACAAAAAUUUCAAGAGGAAAUGGACACGGUCUUGAAGGAUCCAUACAAAGUUGUCAUGAAGCAAAGCAAGUUACCCAUGUCUCUUCUCCAUGAUCGAAUCCGGCCUCAUAACUCAAAGGUGCACAUCCUUGAUACUGAAAGCUUUGAAACUACAUUUGGCCCUAAAGCACAGAGGAAGCGACCAAAUUUAUUUGCAAGUGAUAUGCAGUCACUUAUAGAAAAUGCAGAAAUGUCCACUGAGAGCUAUGACCAGGGGAAGGAUCGUGACUUGGUAGCUGAAGACACUGGUGUGAGAAAUGAAGCCCAAGAAGAGAUAUAUAAAAAGGGACAGUCUAAAAGAAUAUGGGGUGAACUCUACAAGGUGAUAGAUUCAUCAGAUGUUGUAGUUCAAGUUCUUGAUGCUAGAGAUCCAAUGGGUACCCGUUCCCCUCACGUUGAGACUUACUUGAAAAAGGAGAAACCCUGGAAACACCUCAUUUUUGUUCUUAACAAAUGUGACCUUGUUCCAACCUGGGCAACGAAACGAUGGGUUGCCAUCCUCUCCCAAGAUUACCCGACACUUGCUUUCCACGCAAGUCUUACUAACCCCUUUGGCAAAGGAGCAUUUAUUCAGCUUCUGCGGCAGUUUGGAAAGUUGCACACUGACAAGAAACAGAUCAGCGUGGGGUUCAUUGGCUAUCCAAAUGUUGGCAAGAGCUCUGUCAUAAACACACUGCGCUCCAAGAAAGUUUGCAAUGUGGCCCCCAUUGCAGGUGAAACAAAGGUCUGGCAGUAUAUUACCUUGAUGCGCCGGAUAUUCCUUAUCGACUGUCCCGGUGUGGUUUACCCCUCUGAGGACUCAGAGACGGACAUUGUGCUCAAAGGAGUAGUUCAAGUUGAAAAAAUUAAGACUCCUGAAGACCACAUUGGUGCUGUACUUGAACGAGCAAAGCCAGAAUAUAUCAGCAAGACAUACAAAAUUGAUUCUUGGGAGAACGCUGAGGACUUUCUUGAGAAGCUAGCUUUCCGGACAGGGAAGUUAUUGAAGGGUGGAGAGCCUGACCUGCGGACUGUGGGGAAGAUGGUCCUCAAUGACUGGCAGAGGGGCCGGAUUCCUUUCUUUGUCAAGCCGCCCAAUGCAGAGCCCCCUGUAGCCCCCCAGCUUCCAUCCUCCUCAUCUUUGGAAGUUGCCACAGAAACAGCCCAGAACAACCCAGAAGAGGAAGUCACAGACACUGUAGGUGAGGAGUCAGAAUCCAUCACUGAGAAGGAAAAAGAGGAGCCCGGUCAUGGUGGCGCCGAUUCAGAAAUGCAGCAGAUUGUGGCGCGGGUCCGGCAGAACUUUGGCAAAAUCAACGUCGUGCCUCAGUUUUCUGGGGAUGACCUCGUUCCUCUGGAGAUGUCUGAUAUUGAUGAAGAGCUGGAGAGCCUUUCUGCGGAGAGGGAGGAGGAGGAGGAGGAGGAGGAGGAACAGGAACACCGAGGAGACGAAGAGGAAGAGUCUUACGCAAAGUCCCAGGAAGAACACGCGGGAAGCAACACCAAGGCCAUUAUUCAAGCCCUGGAUGAGAAGAUUGCUAAGUACCAGAGGUUUUUAAACAAAGCCAAAGCUAAGAAGUUUUCAGCAGUCAGAAUAUCCAAGGGACUGAGUAAAGUGGUUUUUGCAAAAUCCGAAGAACAGAGAACAGCUGAAGAAGAUGUAGGAGAUACAGCACCUACCAGAAAGGGAAAGAAGAGGAAGGCACAGAGGGAGGAGGAGCAGUCGAACAAAGCUCGCAGGACGCUUACAUCUAAGGAACGGAGGCGAGAAGCACGGCAGCAACGAUCCAGAAAAGUCGGUGUACGCUACUAUGAAACACACAAUGUGAAAAAUAGGAACAGGAACAAAAAGAAGACCAGUGACUCAGAGGGGCAGAAACACAGACAGAAGAAAUUGAAACAUAAGCAGUAACGUUUUAAAAGUUGUUUAUUAAAUUCUACAAAAAUAUGCAGUUA